GAAGAGGAAAAGGAAAAGGGAAAAAAAAAACGCAAUGAUGUAAGGCUGUGAGAGAGCAGGCCAUCCUCGCAAUCUGUGCCUACUUCACUGCAGCGCGUUUGCGUGAUUUUUUGGGGGAGGGCUCAUCUGGAGGUGGGAGAUACAUUCGCUGAUUGGGCUUCCCUUUCUUCAGGGGACCCUCGUAGAGGUCCAUUCAGGUGAACUGAUCCAAGGCGAUCGCACACGGAACAAUGCAACGGGUCCCCCCCCGAGAUGUGAACCGCUCCUUAUCACCCCUCCCACGAUGACACCAUUUUGCCGAACCAGAAGAGCCAUGCUGCAGUGGCCACAUCACAGGAGCAAACCCAGUUUUUCAUUUCUGCAGAAAAAAUGAAACAUGUGCAGUACGUGAAACUCGUGCAACUCCUCCUGCUGUGCUUUCUUACGCUUCUACUUAGCGAUAGGAGAAGUGGCGUCAACAACGUGGGGGUGAAGAAGCGCAGAUCCGAUUUUACCCCCCACUGGAGGACAAGUGGAGGGGGAAAAGGAAGAGCCAAGUCCAAAUGGAGGGAAAAAAAAACGCUGUUUCUGUACCUCCCCAAUGGGAAGCAGUGGAAAAAAAGGGUAGGAAGUGCACUUCAGUGGGAAGACAGUCUCAGGAGGAGAGACUUGCACAGCGGUAGCAGACGAAAACGACUCUUUUUCGAGAGGAACGGAAUAAACGUCCCGCAAGAUGUUGCCAUGUUUGGAAAGACGAAUGUGUACUAUGUGCGGGAGAGCGUGUAUGACAGGGGCAAAAAUAAUUUGGUGCCAAAUGAGGUGCACUCUGAGGGCAUCGAGGAGUUAGAGGAGGGGCAGCAGCGGGGGGAGCAGUCCAUGGGGGGGGGAAAUGACGGCGGAGAGGUGCAAAGGGGCGAGGAGGACGCGAAAAAUGCGAUGGACGCACCUGGGAGCAAAAUGGGGGUCUCUCAAAGGGGGGAGGCCCAAAUGGAAUCCCCCGCCGCCAAUGAAAACGUCUUCAAAUACAUCAACCGCGAGCGGGACUACAUCGCGCAGGUGGGGAACUCGCCCAAGGUGGACGUGUACGAGCGGAGGUACCGAGCGGACGAGCAGAAGCUGCAGCGCAUGUUCGAAAACAUCAACGAAGUGAACAUCCAGCUGCUGAAGGACGUCAAGAGCAUAGACGAGAAGGAAAAACUCAUAAACAAAAAGGUCAUAGAAAAGGUGAGGGAGGACAUUAAGAGGUUCCAGGAAACGGACGAAAUUUUGGACAUGCGCGGGAAUGUUGUCCACCGGUCGGAGGCCUCCCCCGUCAGCGGAAGCGGCAGGGGAAGGGGGAAGGAGGACGCGAAGCAGAAAAACGACCUGCACGCAGACAUGGACGAAGAGGAAAAAAACGAAGUCAUCAAAAAGCUCUACAUGGUGGAAAAAAAAACGGAAAAAUAUUUAGAAGAAAAUGUCUACCUAGUAAUCCAAACGUGGCUGCCCGACAUGCGAAUCGACGAUACACUCAUCGUGAUAGACAACGUAGAAAAAUUUUACAACGAUUUUGACAUUAAUAAAUAUCAUGAGAAGUUCAAUCAAGCAAAGGAUAAAAACUUCGCAUGCGAUUUGCAUUCUCACGAAAUUGAAAACGUCCCAAAGGAUAUCAAUGAGGAUCCCCAAGUGGAGUGUGAACAUGUCCACUCCUAUAACAGCACGUAUAACAAAUUGAACAGCUACAAUUUGAAGAGGUACACUUACACGUACACCACGAAUGAUAAUAUGGACACGAAAUUUAAGAAGAAUGAACCCAUGCCCCCAGUCGUCAUAAUUAAUACCAAAAAAAAUUUAAUGGUACAGGAAUGGGAAUGUAAAAACUUUAAGAAUAGGCAGAAAAGGAACAAAUCUAGGGAAUACACGAGAAUUCAGAGGGCAUUUCGACCAUUUUCCUACGUAGACCUCAGUGACAUAACUUGCAUUUAUAAAAAUAAUUUUCUCCAAUUGAAAAUGAAAAUGUGCCAUCGGAAGUACAAAGAUGAUGUGUACCCCUUUUUUGUUCCCAUUAAUAAAAAAACAGAUGAACUCCUGGAUUUCCAGGGGUAUAAAAAAAAUGGGGAUUACGCUUGGUCCUUUUUUUGGCACCAUUUUAAAUAUGACCAGGACACGGACUAUGGCUUCCUGAACAGAAAUGUGAAACUCAACUUGACGGAAACGAAAUUUGAAAACGUGAACAAGAAGAAGUCGAAGAAGAUUAUGCGCAAAAUUUUGAGGGAAACCAAGGGGGUCUGAGUGAGGGGGCAUCGCAAUCUUUUCGUGCAUCUCCACCAUAUUUAUCGCAACGUAUGACCAACUGAACAACGUAAGACGCACGCAUGAGCAUGUUUACAUAUGUGCACCCUUACCCUUGGUGAGCUGCGCAUGCGCUCGUCUUAUUGUGGUCAGGUUAUCAGACGCGUUAAUUUGCCAAACCGUUUUUUUACUCCUCUCACAAUUGAAUGGAUGGGCCGCCCCCCUCCUGCUUCUAAUACCCCACUGUGCGACAGCCCUGCGACUUCGCAAAAUUCUCCCUGCAAUUUAAACACAGCCUUGUGGAUGGAAAUUUUCCGCACAUUUCAAAUGUAGGCGAAGUAUGGUGGAAGUUAAUCUUAACCGCGAUGCCCAAACGCAUCAUCAAUCCGUAGUACAUCGUCAGUGCAAUGCUUCCUUUUUUUUUUACCCAUGUUGACAAUUUCCGCUUCACCAAAAUGUGCAAAGCAGACGCGGUUAAAGCGUGCGUGCAGUUUGUUAACCCCUUACGAGGGGGUGUUCCCUUUUUUACCCGUCAGCCCGCACGGCUAUGUUAACUGCGCCCUCGUUAACGAGUGCUCCCUCGCUGGAGGGAG